AUGUUCACAGGGAUCGUCGAGGAGAUCGGCGUCGUCGCCGAGCUCACCACCCUCCCGGGCCCGACUGGCGGCACGACCCUGAUCAUCCACCUUCCGCCGCAGUCCCAGCUCCUCUCCGACGCCCACGAGGGCGACAGCAUCGCCGUCAAUGGUGUCUGCCUGACCGUCACCGCCUUCAGCGCCUCGCCCUCCUCCUCGCCCGCCGCCUUCACGACGACCAUCGCCCCCGAGACCCUCCGGCUGACCGACCUGGGCGCCCUCACGGCCGGGUCGCACGUCAACCUGGAGCGAGCGGUGCGCGCCGACACGCGCAUGGGCGGGCACUUUGUGCAGGGCCACGUCGACACCGUCGCGACCGUCGCGCGCCUCGCCCCCGACGGGGACGCACUCACCGUGCGGCUCGCGCCCCGCGACCGCGCCGUCAUGCGAUACAUCGUCUACAAGGGCUUCGUCGCGCUCGACGGCACCAGCCUGACCAUCACUGCCGUCGACGACAACGAGGGCUGGCUCGAGGUCAUGCUGAUCGCCUACACCCAGGAGCGCGUCGUCCUGGCGGGGAAGAAGGUCGGCGACACGGUCAACAUCGAGGUGGACAUGAUGGCCAAGUAUGCCGAGAAGACGCUGACCGGCUAUCUGACCGGUCUGGACGGCGGUGCUGGAGGUAUCCCGCUGCUGGAGAAGAUCGUGGAGAAGGUCGUGGCUCGGAGGUCUGGCGACAAGGCAGCGUAG